CCGUGAACUGUUUCGCAGCCACCGCCGUUCAGGCUCAUAUGGCAAUGUCUACACAAAAUUACAGGCAGACGCCGAGGCAACCGUCAGUACCCUGGAAAAGAAGCUCGGGGGGGGUGACUAGCGAAGUCGCUGGCGUUCUACCAGGCAAGCUGAGCUCUGAGGCUGCAUUUCGCCCAUGGAAGUCGCACAUGCAUGGGUUGAUUAUGAAGAACAGCCAGGAACUAGACGCCUUCAUGGAGAACGCAAAGCGAGACGCACUAAGGAUGUGCGAAGGCCUCUCGAAGUCGGAUCGAGCCGAAGCCGCAGAUCGUUACAGGAUAUGGCACGAAUACGUCGUAGCUGCAGUCACUGCGAUCCUCGUCUUUCUGCAGAAGUCUAUCACCGCCGUCAUCGAUCACAAGAAGGUAUCCGUCGCCGGUUCGACUACAUCGGAUGCAGAUGUCCGCUUGGCGAUCAAGGAAUGGGAGUUGGACGCCAUAUCUGCUGUCAAAAAUGCACAUCACAAAGCCGAUGCUAUCUUUGGACGACGAUUAUGAUCGAGGGGGCAUCGAUCAUGGGGCUUGGGAGCCACGCAUUAAUGAGUCACGAUGAUUAUACGCUAUUUUGUACUUCAAAUUAUCUGUACUCAGUACGCACAGUGUCUACUCACUCCUCGAAGAAUCUCAUCAUCGUAGAACGUCCAGUCAUCCAGCAGUUCGAACCCUCCACACAGAUAUGCCGGUAUCACCAUGCCCACGACCACAUCCUCGAGAAAGUCUGGAUGUUGCGCC